GCAGCACCCGGAGUGGCUGAGGGGGGCUGGGUGUCCCCGGAGGACGCCCGACUGAGGGGCGGGCCGGGGAGGCGCUGUGGGCGGCGCAGGUGUGAGGCUCCCACGGUUCCCUCCCCGCCCGACACGUCAGCUCAGGCCCUGCCGGCCCGUCCUCCCGGAGCCUCCAGGCCGAUGGCCGGUCUGAACGUGUCCCUCUGCUUCUUCCUCGCCACCUUCGCCCUCUGCCAGGCGUCCAGGAGGGCAGCCAAGGCCCUGCUCCCCGGGGGCGCCUACGCCCACUUUGCCCGGGAGGCGGCAGGCGCGGCCCAGCUGGGGGCCUGCUGCCUGGAGAUGCGGAUGCUGGUGGAGCUCGGACCCUGGGCGGGGGGCUUCGGCCCCGACCUGCUGCUCACCUUGGUCUUCCUGCUGCUCCUGGUGCACGGGGCCACCCUGGACGGGGCCUCGGCCAACCCCACGGUGUCCCUGCAGCGGUUCCUCCUGGCCGAGGCCUCUCUGCCCGGCACCCUGCUGGAGCUGGUGGCGCAGGCGCUGGGCAUGCAGGCGGCCGGCGCCCUGACACGGCUCUACUGGGCCUGGGGGCUCAGCGACCUGCACGUGCUGCAGAGCCUCAUGGACCCGCACUGCAGCUCGGCGCUGCGCACGGCCGCGCCCCACGGCGCCCUGCUCGAGGGCUCCUGCGCCUUCCUGCUGCACCUGGCUCUCCUCCGCCUCCAGGGCAGCCGCGCCAUCCACAGGGCGCUGGCCGUGGCCCUGCUGCUCACCGCCGCGGCCUGCACAGCCGGGCCCCUGACGUCCGCCUUCCUGAACCCCACGCUGGCCGCCUCAGUCACCUUCCGCUGCUCAGGGCACAGCUUGUUGGAGUACGUCCAGGUGUACUGGCUGGGCCCUGUGACAGGCAUGCUCCUGGCCGUCCUGCUGUAUCACGGCCGCCUCCCCCGCCUUUUCCAGAGGAACCUGCUCUACAGUCAGAAGAGCAAGUACCGGGUCCCCAGAGGGAGGCCUGUCCCGGGGCCUGGAGGCAGCCAGACGCCUGGAGAGGGGAGCAGAGGACGGGGGCCCCGGUAGUGGGGGGCAGCCACUGAGUUCCAGCCAUGCCGGCUCCGACCCCGUGAGCAGGGAGCUAGGGCCCAACUGUGGCUGGACCCGCGGGCUCCCUGAGCUGAGGGCGGGGGGCAGACCUCCAGCCCCUUCUCCCCACAUGUCAAUAAACCGUCCGUGAGGCCUGCCGUGUCCCUGGGCCUGACAGGCCGGCGAAGGGCAGGCAGGGGGCGGCAGGGGGUCUCUGGGGCCUCUUCUCUACAGUCGUUGUUCAGUCACUCAGUCGCGUCCGACUCUCUGCGACCCCAUGGACUG